AUGCAGCACUUCGGCAAGGCAGCACUCCGUGUCACCAAAAACUACACGAAAGGAUACUCGGACACGCAAGCAAAAGUUCGCGAUGCCACAUCUAACGAUCCUUGGGGACCUUCGGGCACACAAAUGAACGAAAUUGCCCAGCUCACCUAUAACCAGAACGACUUCAUCGAGAUUAUGGAGAUGCUGGACAAGCGUCUGAACGAUAAAGGCAAGAACUGGCGGCAUGUGUUCAAGAGUCUAACAGUGCUGGACUACUGCCUGCACCAGGGCUCAGAAAACGUCGUCAUCUACUUCCGCGAUAACGUCUACGUGAUCAAGACGCUCAAGGAGUUCCAGUACAUUGACGAGGACGGCAAGGACCAGGGUGCCAAUGUCCGACAGAAGGCGAAGGACAUCACCAACCUCUUGCAAGAUGAAUCUCGCCUCCGCGAGGAGAGGAGGAGCCGGGCCUCUAUGCGGGAUCGUAUGAUACGUGGUUCGGGGGCGGAGGGUGCCGAUGAGAUGGGCAUAGAUGACGAGAACGCCUCCAGGAGACAACCCGGAACGAACGGCCUCGCGGGCAAGAGACCAAACCGUGACGAAGAUGAGCUCAAGCGGGCGAUUGAAGAAAGCAAGAAAUCCCUUGCUCUGGAGAGGCAGAACGCCGAGGAUCGGGAGUUGAAUGAAGCUCUGAGGCUGAGUAAGGAGGAGGAGGAGAAGCGAAAGAACGACGUCGAAAACUCGAAUGCCUCCGCUCUAUUUGACGAUUCUAACCAACUCCCGCCUCCUAGUGCUACGUCCAGCAACAACCCCUUCCCUCUCAUCGACCCCACCCCUUAUGCUGUCGGCCUGCAACCCCAAUUCACAGUCCAACCCCAGUUCACUUCCAUGGCCCCGCAAUUCACUUCGUUCAACCCGUACCAGCAGCAAAUCCAAGCGGAACAAGAGGCCGCGCAGGCCGAGUACUUGCGUCAGCAACAAAUGUUCAUGCUCCAGCAACAACAGGCGCAGCAGCAACAGCAGCAGCAGCAGCAGGAAGAGUGGUUACGGCAACAGCAGAUGUUGCAGAUGCAGCAACAACAGCAACAGCAGCAGCAACAGCAGCAGCAACAAAGUCUCUUCAUCCCGCAACAGCAGCCCGUCAUGGCGCAGCCAACUGGUUUCGGAAAUAACAACCCGUUUGCGCCAGCCAUGUCCUCUUCCCCGUCAGCCUUCUCGCCGUCUCCUCAGCCUAACCAGCCGACGUUCAAUCUCCACGGGACGUACGACACCCACUCGAACUCGCAACUCUCCUCCUUGUCUUCGUCACCACAGCCACCCCACUCGUCGAGUGUCCAGGGCCGUCCAAUCGCAGUCAAGACAAGACAGGACGAGGACGGGAAGCUCGCCUCGCUGUUCGCCGAGCGCGAGAGUGGGCAGGACACGUUCGGCAACAUCGGUGCUUUGAGAUAUGGCUACACUGAUGCUGGGAGGUCGGUUUUGGCGCAGAAGACGGGGGCUAGCCAUAAUCCUUUUGCGAUGCAGCAACAGCAGCAGCAGCAGCAACAACAGACCCACGAGAGACCGUUCUUCGAUAUCUAG